AUGGCGCCGAACCAGAAGCCGGCAACCGGCGACACCUUCAGUCACGACGCGACGGAGACAACUCCAUUGCUCAUCGCCGGCGAUAUCGCUCCGACCGCUGAUCCCGAUGUCUCCAAGGCCACAACACUCAAUGAGCCAUCCCAAGAGAAUGAGACUCUGGACGACGACGAUAAGCCAUUGCCGGUAUGGCAAGUCUUUUGGCUAUGCUACGCGCGACUUGUAGAGCCCAUGGCCUUCUUCUGCAUCUUUCCGUAUAUCAGCCAGAUGGCCGAAGAGAACGGCCACCUCGCCAAAGCGGACGUCGGGUUCUACAGCGGUCUCAUCGAGUCACUCUUCUCGCUGACCCAGGCCGUCGUCAUGAUCUUUUGGGGCAGACUCUCUGAUCGGAUUGGCCGCAAGCCCGUUCUUGUCUUCUCCCUCUGCGGUGUUACCAUCGCCACAUCCAUCUUCGGCAUGGCACAGACCAUUUGGCAAAUGAUCCUCUUCCGGUGCCUGGCAGGCGUGUUUGGCGGAUCCCUUGUCACGAUGCGCACCAUGAUUGCUGAGCACGUCACCCAAAAGACGCAAGCCAGGGCCUUUAGUUGGUUCGCUCUGAGCGGUAACCUUGGCAUCUUCUUCGGGCCCCUUCUCGGCGGAGCCCUCGCCGAUCCGGCGCAUCAGUACCCGAGCGUUUUCAAAGCUCAAUUCUUUUUUGACUACCCUUACGCACUAUCCAGCUUCUGCGUGGGCUUCAUUGGUUUGACGGCGACCAUCACUAGCAUAUUGUUUGUCGAGGAAACACUAGUCAAGGAGAAGCACAGCAGCAACGACGAUGCAGCAGCACCGCCCAAGAAGGACAAGGGCUCCAUCAAACAGAUCGUCAAGUCGCCAGGCGCUUCCAAUGUCCUCUUCGUGUACGGUUACCUCAUGCUCCUCGCAUUGUCCUACACGGCCGUCGUCCCCGUCUUUUGGUUCACCCCAGUCGAGCUUGGUGGCUACGGCUUCACCCCUCUGCAAAUCUCCGUUAUGAUGUCCGUCAACGGUAUCGCCCAAGUCUCAUGGCUUCUCAUCAUCUUCCCGCCACUGCAGCAUCGCAUAGGCACGAACGGUGUGCUGCGUGCCUGCGCCUAUGCGUACCCUUGGUUCUUCCUCAUCUGCCCUCUCGGCAACGUCGUCCUUAAGCUCGGUGUACACAAUCCGGCCUGGGUCACGUUCUUCUGGGUCUUCAUGCCCAUUGCUCUCACUAUCGGCUGCGGCGUGAGCAUGAGCUUCACUGCCAUACAAUUGUCGUUGAACGAUAUCUCGCCCAGCCCUCGUGUUCUGGGAACGCUGAAUGCUUUGGCUCUUACCGGAGCGAGCGUCAUCAGGGCAUUUUCUCCGGCCUCAUUCACCACCCUAUUUGCCAUAGGUGCUAACACUCAGGCCCUAGGCGGUUAUGCAAUCUGGGUUCUGAUGGUUGCACUCGCAGCUGGGCUGAUUUUCGCCGUGAGGAACCUCUAUGGGCCGGAGGAUUUGAAGAAGGCCAGGGAACAAGAGCAGGCUGAGUCAUCUUAG